AUGGCAUUGCCGUGCGAAUUUUACCGCAAUAUUUGGGGUUUCACUGAGGAUGAGGAUGCAGCGCUUCGACGACGCGCUCGAUCGACAAAGUUUAGCUCUUGCCCACCCUCAGCAACAUCUCGCAAAUUUAAAAAAAGAGUGGCAACAGGUCAUCUUGUCGACAUUGCACAAGUGGCUCAUGUAGUCACGACCAUGUCAGACUUUCGCUCUGAUUACGGGGAAGACACAAAAAGGGUUCGGCUUGUCAAUAUUUGGGAUGACCGUAGUCUCGCAUUAGGUCUUGAGGCCAAUUCUAACCAUUCCGUAAGUAGCUUUGGACAAUGUCCUUCGACUGCUGACACAGAGCCUGAAAAAAUGAUGUCACCUAUCUGCAGUCGCGCAGACCGGAUCACUGAACUCAGUUGUGAAGACAGUGAAGAGGAAAACAAUAGCUUUGUGUCCUCCAUGAAGAAUCGACACCGACCAGGUGAACUCAAGCGAACAAAAACACCUGAAGUAAUUUUUCCAAGUCUUAAGAAAAAUGCUAAAGGGGACCAGUUGACCCGAAAGGAGCUUAAUUUGAAAAAUGUGCCAGUUUCUCCUCCUUCCUCGCAUAAUGGCAGUCUUAUUUUCAGUGCCAUCUUUUCGAAUCAACGCGAUUGGAGCUGGAGCGCGAAAUUCCUUCUUGGAAUUCAUGAACCCAUUCGUCAUGCUCUUUUCGUCAUGGAUCGAUUUCUAGAACAAUCUCAGAGUCAAUCAAAACCUGUGGCUUCACACACGCUGGCUCUCGAGUCGCAUGUGGCUGAAUUCUUUCUCUGGUUCAAAACGUUCUUCGUCGAGUAUUUGCUAUGUCAACAUGAGGUCAAAGCCGCUGUGUUACUGCCAAUGCUAAACUUGACUGCACCUACGAAGCAGCAGAUUUUGGAUGUGUACCACAAUAUCAAGCUGAUGCUGGCACAAAUUCAGCAACUUGAACGUGCAUUAUGUGUCAGCGGUGCUUGCAGUGCUUCAUCGUGGCUUCUUCGACUUCAAGUGUUGCAAAGCGAAAUACGACAGCUCAAUCGCACGCUGCAUUCUGCAUUGAAUCGGGAAGAGACGACAUUGAACGCAGCUAUGAGUGAUGCAUUCACGGAACGCACUUUUCGAAGCCACAUCAUGCCUCGAAUUUUUCGUGCCAUUCGAGCAAAACGCGUGGUCGUGCCGUGGAUUGUCGAACGCAGCAAGAUUUGGGGUGGAGAAACAGAACAUCGCAGUAUCCAAAGCAUGCUGCCCUUUUCAGCAAAGUUCAUGUAUUGCAAAGUGUGGCGACCUUAUUUUAUAAGCAAUGUGGCGGUGGCUAUGAAGAAUCUAAACCAAUUUGACAGCUCAUCAGACUCAAACAGUAGUGCCAGUAGUGGCUCGACAUCUAGCGAACGCAAUGGGGAAAUAUGCUCCGUUAUGUGA